AUGACGCAGUUAUGUAAGAACCUGAUUUGCGGGAAAGCAGCAGUUAUAAACCGUGUCGUCCAUAGACACAAAAUUAUAAUUGAAUGUGUCAGAAACUCCUUUAAAUAAUAGCUCGUUAUUCAGUAAUGGAAUACGGGAAAGACAGAGUGGUGGCGUUGGUGGACAUGGACUGUUUUUAUGUGCAGGUGGAGCAGAGGCUGAAUCCUGCUCUGAAGAAAACGCCGUGUGUGGUGGCCCAGUACAAGACCUGGAAAGGAGGCGGAAUUAUAGCUGUUAGCUACGAGGCCAGGGCACAUGGCGUCACCAAGAAUAUGUGGGUGGACGAUGCCAAGAAGCUGUGCCCGGAUCUGCAGGUGGCACGGGUCCGCGAAUCUCACGGCAAGGCGGACCUGAGUCCUUACAGAGAGGCCAGCGUGGAAGUGAUAGAAGUUAUGUCUCGCUUUGCCGUGGUCGAGAGAGCCAGCAUCGACGAGGCCUACAUGGACUUGACCGAGGCCGUCCAACAGCGACUGAAGCACAUGGAGGACAUAGCAAUACAACCUCACCUGCUAAGGACCACUUGCAUCCAAGGUUACCCACACAGUUUGUCGGAAGGAGAGGAAGAAGCUGCUGAUGGUGCCAUUUUAGAUAAAGAAAAGCAGAGGUCCGCAGGUGUUCAGCAGUGGCUGGCGUCCGUACCAAUGCACAACUCUGCUGAGCUUCAGCUCACCGUGGGGGCCCUCAUUGUGGAGGAAAUGAGGGCGGCUGUGGAGCAACACACAAGCUUUCAGUGUUCAGCUGGGAUAUCACAUAACAAAGUGCUGGCCAAACUGGCAUGCGGUCUGAACAAACCAAAUCGACAAACCGUCUUGCCACUGGAGUCUGUGACUGAACUUUUCAACACGCUACCCAUUAGCAAGAUACGCAACCUUGGAGGUAAACUUGGCGUCUCAGUUGGAGAAGUUCUUCAAGUGGAGUACAUAGGGGAGUUGACUCGCUUUUCUCAGGCUCAACUGUGGCAGCACUUUGGCGAGAAGACCGGUCAGUGGCUAUAUGAUUUGUGCCGGGGCAUCGACUUUGAAACGGUGAAACCCAGACAGCUGCCGAAGUCAAUUGGUUGCAGUAAGAACUUCCCUGGGAAAACAUCACUGGCUACAAAAGAGCAGGUCCAGUAUUGGCUUCAUCAGUUGGCUUUGGAACUGGAGGAGAGGUUGUCCAAGGACAGAGAAGUGAACUGUCGUGUGGCAAAGCAGUUAACGGUUGGGGUCCGCCAGCUGGGUGACAAGCGGCCGAGCAGUUUCUCCCGCUGUUGCGCUUUAGUGCGCUACGAUGCCGCCAAGUUGUCCAGUGACAGUUUUGCCAUCAUCAAGAGUCUAAACACAGCGGGAAACCAGCAGGCAGCGUGGACUCCACCUCUCACACUGCUUCACCUCUCUGCCAGCAAAUUCUCAGACGCCCCUUCAGCAUCAGCAGGGAGCAUCACGGGCUUCCUAAGCGCUGACGUGCCAUCCACUCAAAGAUUCCUCACUGUCAGCAACAACUCACGCAAAAGCUACCCCACCAUUCAGUCCUUCUUUAAGAGGCACCAAACACAAGCACAAUCAACCCGGUCAAGCGCCGCAUCUUCUUCGAGUCCUCCCAAAGGUGCUUCAGUAGGCCCUGGCACUGACAUCGCAUCGUUCUUCCUCAGGAGUAACAUCAAAGCAGGUCUAAAGCAGGACUGCGAUGAUGAAGUGCAAGAUAAUAGUGCACCCAUCCUCUUGCCCACCUUUAGCGCGGACGCCGCAGAAGACUUGAUCAAGUGUCAACGCUGCGGCAAAGAUGUGCCAGCAUGGGAGACCCCCGAGCACGACGACUAUCACUUCGCUUUGGACCUGCACAAAUCUUUCUCGCCUUCUUCCUCCGUAGUUAGAUCGGGACCCUCUGCAGUGCCAGCGGUGUCCUCUCCUCCUCCCAAAAGAAAUAGCCCGCUGUCAGGAGGGCCCCCUCCGAAAAGAUAUCGCUCACAAGGUGGAGGGACAGGACGAGAUGUGGGCACUCUGGAUUCUUUUUUCCAAAGAUUCUGAUCAUUUUAUUUGGGAGUGCUUUCUUGAAUUACAUGAAUAAAUACAGUAAGGCCUACAGUUGGCCCAACACAGGAAUUUUUGAAAUACAACUGUAAUUAUAACAUAUGCAACAUGACUUGCUGUUGGAAGCCAGAAUGCCCUUGCAUUAGACAUACUACAAGUAAACAUAGUUACAAGUUUGAUCCUUCAAUGAAUUCAAUUCUUUAUUUAGGAAGGUGUAUUAUUUUCAUUUCUAAAUUGUCAGUACGUCUGGAGCUUUGUGUGGCUUUAUUCAAAUUCUGCUGGAAUAUACUCCAGCUCCCUUGGAUUAAUGUUCACCAAUGUAUUUUUUUCUCAAAGUAUUAAAAGUAUAAUUGGAACCCCAGCGGAUCCUUUU